AUCGCAGCCCGACGGCCCCAAUCAGGGCUGGGACAUUUUGCAAUCUAGGAUAUUAUUUCUGUGCAGUUGGAGUUUAAACUUUGCCACUCGGGUCAGGGAAUCGCAAGGGAGGAGGAAGAGGAGGAGAGUGAAGGCCGGGCUUGUUGUCCACUGUGCUCAGAGAGAGUUGAGAGGACAAUCCAUGGCAUCUCACGCAGCCAUGGCCUCCAGCGCGGGCAGCCUCGAGAGCCUGGACCUGCUGGAUCUCCUCUUCGACCACCAGGACGGGAUCCUGCGCGGGGUGGAGCUGGGGACUCCGCAGGAAGCCUGGCCCCAGGACAGGCGUGCCCCGGACAGCGAGGACUUCCUGAGCUCCAUCCUGGGCUCCGGGGACUCGGUGUCGGACUCGCCCAGCUGGUCCCCGGCCACCAGUGACAGCGGGGUGUCUGAGGACCCCCCCUCUGACCAGCACGACAGCCCCCCCCGGAGCUGUGACGGGGGUCCCCAAGAGGUCCUGUACCCCUACACAGAGCCCUGCCAGCCCCAGCCCCUCCCGGCGGGGUCUGGGGCUCUGCACCCCGAGGUCUCCAUCGACCUGGACGUGUGGCACCCCGGGUUCUUCCUGGAGGAGAGCCAGGACCUGCCCGUGGUCCCCCCGCCUGCAUCCUGUGCCCUCACUGUCAAGGACCUGCUGCUUUCGGGCAGCUCUGACAAUCAGCCACAGGCUCCUGGCUCCCUGCUCCGGCCCAGCCAGGGCCACUUCCAGGAGCUGGUGCUGACGGAGGAUGAGAAGAAGCUGCUGCUGAAGGAGGGGGUGACCCUGCCCACGCAGCUGCCCCUCACCAAGUACGAGGAGCGGGUGCUGAAGAAGAUCCGGAGGAAGAUCCGGAACAAGCAGUCGGCUCAGGAGAGCCGCAAGAAAAAAAAGGAAUACAUUGACGGGCUGGAGAGCAGGAUGUCGGCGUGCACGGCCCAGAACCAGGAGCUGCAGAGGAAAGUCCUGCACCUGGAGAAGCAGAACUCAUCCCUCCUGGAGCAGCUGAAGAAGCUCCAGGCCAUGGUGGUUCAGUCGAGCAACAAGGCAGCACAGACGGGGACCUGCCUGGCGGUCCUGCUGCUCUCCUUCACCCUCAUCGUCUUCCCCUCCAUCAGCCCCUUUGCCCCUGGCAAGGCAGAGGCAGAUGGUGACUUCAGGCCUGUGCGAGUUUUCUCCAGGUCCCUGCACAACGCCGCCGCCUCCCGCGUGGUUCACACGCAGCCCCAGGCCGGGGAGGAGAAGCCCCCGGAGCCGCUGUUGUCGGAGCCGCUGUUGUCGGAGCCCCCCGAGAUCCUACACGAGCCUUUCCAGGGCACGUUCCCGACGCUGCCGGACGAAGGGGCCCUGCGGAACCACACGCGGGCACCGCCCGGCGAGGGGCUGAGCCGCGAGGACCGGGACAGCGCCGAGGCCGUGCCAGGGGACGGCACCGUGCCGCAGCCGGGGCUGGCAUCCCUGGCGUGGUCCGAGCCCGGGCACGGCCGGCCCGCGGGGCUGGAGCCGGCGGAGGAGCUUUAGGCAGAGCGGGGAGCACGGGGGUGCCAUGGGGUGACAGCACCUCAUCCCCUACAGGACAAGCCCUCGGGGGGCCCCUCCGGGACCUGCCUCCGGAUGCUGGACGUGCUUGGCUUUGCUUGGAUUCUGUCGACUGGGAAGAGGAGAGCGGUUCCCACUGGCCUAACUGGGAGAGAAGGGGCUGCUCCUGCCCCCCCCGGCACAGUGGGAGUUGUGGAAGGGACAUGGGGCCGCUCAGGAUGGGGCUGAGGAAGCGGGAGGGGCCCCGGCCUGAUUGGCCGCUGAUGGUGCAACUG